AUGGCAGCCUUGCUGAAGUCUAAGUACGAGAACACAAUAGGUUGUCCACGUGCGAGUGAGCUACCUGCAAUUGUUAUCUCCGAAUAUAAUAUUACAGCUUCUUGCUGGAAAUGCUGGAAAGUUAAGGAGCUGGCUAUAUACUCUGCGCACGGAACAGAGGAGACUUCUUUCAAAUUAUUACCGAUUUACCUCCAUGUGCUCAAGUAUGCUAAUCCCGGCACCAUAACACAUUUGUCAACUGAGAGAGAUGAAAAAGGUAUGACAAGGUUUAAGUCCAUAUUUAUGGCAUUGGCUGCGUGUAUUUUUGGAUGGAAACAUUUGAAACCGGUAGUUGUUGUUGAUGGAACGCACCUGAUUGAUUCCUCUGAGCUUACUAUUAUCUCGGAUAGGCACGGUGGAAUUUCCAAAGCUAAAAAGGACUGGUAUCCACACGCACACCACGGUGCAUGUCAUGUCCAUAUCCAGAGAAAUGUUCACGCUAAAUACAAAGGUUCCGGUCAGAAAGGUUUGAUCGGAAAGGCAGGAGAAGCGUUCACAGUUUCUAACUUCAAGAGACUAUAUGCAAGGCUGAAGGAUGUUGAUUAUAGUUGUUGGGAGUACAUGGAAAAAAUCCCUCUUGCGCUGUGGACUAGAUCACACUUUUCUGGUCAGAGGUAUAAUAUGACGUCCAGUAACAUUGCGGAGUCUCUGAACAAUGCACUAUUUGCAGCAAGAGACAGUCCAAUCGUUGCAAUGCUAGAAUUUAUCAGGCGAAUGUUAAGUAGGUGGAUUGAAUGCAGAAGAGAGAAAAUUCAAAAGAUUGAUGGUGACAUUCCAGAAGUUGACAAGUUAAUGAACCUGCAGCUUGAAAAAUCUGCUGCCCUAUCGCUUCAAGGCAUUUUUGCGUGGGAGGUUGAAGUCAGUUCUGAGUUCAUAGGUGUACGGCGGCAUGUAGAUCUUCUAAACAAAACAUGCACGUGUCUAGAGUUUCAGACAUUGAAAUACCCUUGCCGACAUGCAAUGGCCGCGGCUAGGUUUCGUCAAGUGGAGUACAGCAGUUUGGUUGAUCCAAUUCUUAAGAAAUCAAUUUGGAGUGAAAAAUUUAGUGGCAAAAUCCUACUAGUGCCCGACCCUGACGACAUUCGUAUCUCUGCUGAGUUGCAAUGUUUAACUUGCGGAACAAGGGUCACCCUAGCAAACGCUGAACAUGGCCGACGCCAGGGUCGAGAGAGCAUCGAUGGGUAUAUUUUCUUCCAUCAUGCUCCUACUUGCAAUGAGAUCGGCGCCUCGGGUCGCAAGUCUCAGGCCUUCCCAGUAUCUUGCCUCAGGGUUUCCACUCGCCAAACAUUUCAGAAAGAAUGGGCGUCUUUUGUUUCGAGGGCAUAUGUCGCCGGAGACACAGCAAAGGGCAGAAAUGUUGCAAGAUUUGAGGACAUCGUCGGUGAAAACAAGCCGGAGUGUGCGCUUUCCUGCACAGACAAAUGGGUCAAGUCGCCAAAAUGCUUCACUGCCGACCCUCUUCACAAUUUUGAGAAGAAUUUCAUCAGGCAAGUUUGGGAGAGUCAUGUUUGGAAAUAA